AGAGAGAGAAAGAGAGAGAGAGAAUUAGAGAGAGAAAGAGAAAAAGAGUGAGAGAGAGGGGAGCAUCUGUCUCUUCAUUUAAAAGAUUAAACAUUUAAAAAUAAAACUAAUUUAUUGACCUAAGUAAUUAAAGACUAAACUAAUUAAUGAAUUAAUUAAAUAAUUAAAAGGUUCACUUCAGGAUUCUUUUUUUUUAGCGUACGAAAAUUUUCGUAAAAAAUUUACCGGAAAACAGAAUCAAGCACAUUUUCAUCAGAAAAGAUGUCUCCCCCAUUGCUUGUGUCUAUGCUGUGGUCUUUCUUCUUGUUGCUGCCGUUAGUCCUGCUCUCCACACUGUGCAGCUACUGCAGACAACAACGACGGAUUCAGCAGUCAGUGGAAGAUUAUGAAAUCAAGCCCUAUCAAUACACUAACCCUAGUGGAGGAUUUACUGUGAUCCGACCAAACUAUGCCCCUCCUGGGAUCCUCCCGGUUCGCUCAGUCACGUCUCCCACUCACUUCCUGUCCGUUCCAUCCCCCCAUCCAGCAGAGAGCCGUCGGAGUUCCUUCGCUAAAACAGAUGACGACGAAAGUGCACCGAGCUAUGAAAAUCAAGAUCAAAACCUGGAUAGCGACUACGUCAAUGAAGACAACGAGGAGCAGGAGAGACCAGGAGAGGGAUACAUCGUCGUGCUGCCAGACCCCCCGGCCCCGCCCACACACACAGAGCCAUGCCCACAGACAGACGACCCUGCCUCCAACCGGAGCUCAGUUACAGAAGAAUACGUCAAUGUGCCUGAUGACUCAAGUGAUAGAAUCGAUUCCAAUAGUGGAGACUACGUCAAUCUGAAUGAAGAAGACAUUUCCAGUAUCUCUCAUGUGCUCCAGGACGACUAUCACAACGACAGCGAGGACGAUGGACCAGACUAUGUGAACGCACCAGAGAGAGCUUAGCAACAGACUUUGAACCCAAGAUACCAGUGACUGGCUCAAUUGGAGGAGAGUCCAGAUAAACUGCUGGAGAGAAACACCUGAACAAAUACUGUGCACAAUCAAAUAUAAUGAGAGAGGGGAGAGAGGGGAGCUGCAGUUAUAUAUUAGUACUUUUAUUCUGAUUACUUACAUAGAUACUAUCCCUUAUAAAAGUCUACCAUAGUAAAAGCACAGUAAAGCAUAGAGAAGCAUUGUAAAGAACAGAGAGGUAUGGUAAAGACUAUAUUAUAGCAUGGGGGGAAACUGCAAAAAUACUGUGGUAAACUUUUAUAAGGGGUGAAUGGUACAGAAAUGCUGUAUAUUUUGAAAGAAAAAAAGGGUUUGUUUAGUUAUAUUAUUUCAUUUUAUUUAGUUUGUUUAAAGAUUAGUUUAAACUAGGGGUUUUAAUCUGACGUUUUCGAUUCAUUGAUUAAUCAACUGAUCUACGCUAUCGAUUUAAUCGAUUCAUCACACCAGUUUGCUUGUGAUAUGAAAUUGAAUUGAGACAAGUAAUCCCUUCUAGUGACAUAAUCUGACAUUUUCUAAAAAAAAAAAAAAAAAGAAUUAAUAAUACAUCGAGAUCAUAUCUAUUACUGUAAAUGAAUACUGUAAUAUAUACUGGAAUACUGUGUUUAACAAAUCACAGAUACUGUGAGCUUCAGACUUACUGAGUUAGCUGAAGAGAAAUGCAAUUUACUGAGUGAUGUCUUAUCUAGGUUAGCUGAAGAGAAAUGCAAUUUACUGAGUGCUCUUUUAUUUUAGCUGAAGUAUGAUAGAGCUGUUCAUUUUUUGAUACCGUUUGACUAAAAAGAAAAAACAGCGUACCUGUGACUAAGAUGGUAUGAUAAGUGUGUAGCACUGCUGUGAAAGGAAAGAAGGAAAGUUCAUUUUCUCGUACUAUUUUUAAUUAAUUGCAUGUGUAGCCUAUUAAAGCAUCCAUUCAAUUAGACAGUCACCAAUUUGCCUAUUUAGACAAUAUUCCAAGAUUUUCAGUUCCAGUGGUUUGAUUUCACAUGCACAACAAAUAAAAACUUCAGAAGCAACAAGGUGUUUUAUAAAUGUGCAUGCCACAUUUAUAAAAUGUGUGUGUGUGUGUGUAUAUAUAUAGAGAGAGAGAGAGAGGAGAGAGGAGAGAGAGAGAGAUAGAUAUAGCUAUAUAGAUAUAAGCAAUGGAGUGUUCUAAUACAUUUGCACACUACUGUAUAAUAUCUUUUUUUAUAUACUGCACUUAGGUAGACAAGAUUAAUCAAUUGAUUAUUUUUUAAUCGAUCAAAGCCCACAGGUGUGAUUAAUCAAUUAUAGAUUCAUCGAUUAAUCAUUAAUCAAUUAAACCCCCUGUUUAUCCCUUUUUUGUUUGUGUGUGUUUAUGACUUAUCCUGAGAAUAAUUUUAUUACAAUUGCUGUUUAAUAAUUUGUUAUAUAUAUUUUUUGGUUUUGUUACUUAAUCUAAAUUAAAUUAGCUUUUUGAAAAAAAUGAAUAUAUCGUAUAGCGUCCUGAGAUCCAGUUCAAAUAAAAGUGUUUUAAAUUCAACACUUAUAGAGUGCUAUUGUAUAUAUUUAAAAAAUAUAUAAUAAUAAAUCAGAAUUUAAUUCUAGGUGUUUUUGAUAAUAAUUUUAUUUUUGUUAGUUCAGUUUUCGUUUUUGUAAAAAUUAUAUUUUAAAAAAUAAAAUCAGAUUUGAAUUGCGGAUAUUUUUUUCAUAAAUGUUUUCAUCUCUGUUGUAUUAAUGCUUCUACUGACACUUCUGUCAUGUAAGAAAUUUAUUUAGAAAUCAGGUGAUAAAAUCAGGAGAUUUGAGACAAAUCAAGAGCUUUCAGCGAAAUCUGGAACUAUAUAGACAUUAAUACAUGACUGACAAGCCUGAAGAUUAGACAGAAAUCAGGAGAUUUUAAAGAAUUUAGACAACAAUCAGGAGAUAUGAUAGAAAUCUGGUGCCAGUUUCACAAAGCCCUGCUAGCAACUAUCUUAUUUCUACCUGUUUAAAGAAACAGUAUUUAAGAUAGAACGAUGACAUUUAGUAGCAAUCCACUCAGCAAGUCUAUAUGAUUAAAGGAUGCUUGUGUUAUUUUCUUUAGUUUAUUUUUAUUUAAUGGAAGUGAAUUGGAUUGAACAGACUCCUACCAAGAACUGCUUUGUGAAACUAGCCCCUGCUUUGUGAAACGUAAUAGAAGUCUGGAGGUUUACAACAAUUAAAAUAAAUCAACCCCACAAUCUUAUUGAACUGUAUAACCUGAGAGAAGAGAUCUAAGGUGAUUUUAUUUUAACAAUUAAAAAAUAUAUGAGAAAAACAAAUGCUUUUCCUGAGAAACUGCUGAAUAUCGUGCUACACUGAAAUAAUCUGUUUAAUAAUGCUGACUGCGUGUCUUAUAGAUAAAUGUGUGUUUUCUUGUACAAUAAAACUCUU